CACAGAAUUGAUGGGAACAUACUUCUUGAUAUUUGCCGGUUGCGCCACGAUAGAGGUGGAUUUGGACGAAGAAAAUGCGGUAACGCUUCUCGGAAAAGCAAUUGCCUGGGGACUAGCUGUGUUGGUUCUUGUUUACUCUGUAGGCCACAUUUCUGGUCCUCAUUUCAACCCUGCCAUCACCAUUGCUUUUGCCUCUUGUCAAAAAUUUGCAUGGAAACAGGUCCCGAUAAACAUUUCAGCGCAAGUUAUUGGAUCAACGCUCGCAAGCGGAACCCUAAGACUGAUAUUCAACGGAAAGAACGAUUGUUUCGUAGGAUCAGCUCCUAAAGGGUCGGAUGCUCAGUCUCUCGUAAUGGAGUUCAUAAUCACUCUGUUCCUCAUGUUUGUUGCAUCAGGUGUAGCUGCCGAUAACCAAGCGGUUAAGGAACUCGCUGGGCCUUGUCAUUGGAGCUACAAUUUCAUUGAACAUCUUGGUUGGAGGGUCAACUUCAGGGGCAUCGAUGAAUCCAGCGAGGAGCUUGGGGCCAGCAAUCGUGUGGAAGCAUUACAAGGGUCUGUGGAUGUACAUCGUGGGACCGACUUCCGGUGCCGUAGGGGGUGCUUGGCUCUUCAACAUCUUCAGGCCCACAGACAAAAAGUCCUUCCAGCAGGAUAUAACCAAGACUUGGCCUUUGCACAGAGACUCCGGUCGUGUCUGUUCUGCUAAUUGACCCAAUAUGCUUCCAUACAUAUUUGAAGUUACAAUGUAGAAAAUUAAUGGUAUAUCUUGUACAUAAUGGUGAAGCGGUUCUUUCAUGUGUCAUGCAUAUGAAAAUUUUGAUUUUUUCUUCAAUACUGCUGUAAAUUUAAAGGGACAGGAUCCUCGCUGAGAGUCCGGCGGGUCCGUGAAAAUGGAGUGGACUGCUCAUUUUGUCCAUUUGUGAGACCUUUCCGGGCCCAUUUUAAUGAUCCAAACUAGAGCUCGUCGAGAACAUUUGUCACAUUAAAAAUAAGGUUGAUU